UUCAGGCAUAAGAACUUCUGUGGAAGAUGGAACUCCUUGUCCAUUUUCCAGAAUGUGUUUCCAGCUCCAUCCAAGGAACCUGAUACUGCUGUUCUGUGCUGAAAUGCUUGAAGAACACCCACAUCUCUGCCUGUACCUUCCAUCCUCCUGAAACCAUGGUCUUCUCGCCAGUGUUGACAGCGUCCCAUACGGGGGCAUCCAACACAACCUUUGUAAUCUAUGAAAACUCUCCCAUGAAUAUUACAGUCCCUCCACCCUUCCAGCAUCCCAGUGUUGGUCCACUGCUUAGGUAUAGUUUUGAAACCAUGGCUCCCACUGGUUUGAGUUCCAUGGCAGUGAAUAGCACAGCUGUGUCCCCCACACCAGCAGUUUUUACGAGCUUAAACUUGCCUCUCCAGAUCAUCCUUUCUGCUAUGAUGAUAUUUAUUCUAUUUGUGUCUUUUCUUGGGAACCUGGUUGUUUGCCUCAUGGUUUACCAAAAGGCUGCCAUGAGAUCCGCAAUUAAUAUCCUUCUUGCCAGCCUGGCUUUUGCAGACAUGUUGCUCGCAGUGCUGAACAUGCCCUUUGCCUUGGUAACUAUUCUUACCACCAGAUGGAUUUUUGGGAAAUUCUUCUGUAGGCUGUCUGCUAUGUUUUUCUGGUUGUUCGUGAUAGAGGGAGUCACCAUCCUGCUUAUCAUUAGCAUUGACAGGUUCCUUAUUAUUGUCCAGAGGCAAGAUAAAUUAAAUCCAUAUAGGGCUAAGGUUCUGAUUGCAGUUUCUUGGGCAACUUCUUUUUGUGUAGCUUUUCCAUUGGCUGUAGGAAACCCUGACCUCCAGAUACCUUCCCGAGCCCCCCAGUGUGUAUUUGGAUACACGACCCAUCCAGGGUAUCAGGCAUAUGUGAUUUUGAUUUCCCUCAUUUCUUUCUUCAUACCUUUUCUGGUGAUACUCUACGCAUUCAUGGGCAUACUCAAUACCCUUCGGCACAAUGCCUUGAGGAUCCAUAGCUACCCGGAAGGUAUAUGCCUCAGCCAAGCCAGCAAACUGGGUCUCAUGAGUCUCCAGAGACCAUUCCAGAUGAGCAUUGAUAUGGGCUUUAAAACACGUGCCUUCACCACCAUUUUGAUUCUCUUUGCUGUUUUCAUUGUUUGUUGGGCCCCAUUUACCACCUACAGCCUUGUGGCAACAUUCAGUGAGCACUUUUACUAUAAGCACAACUUUUUUGAGAUUAGCACCUGGCUACUCUGGCUCUGCUACCUCAAGUCUGCAUUGAACCCACUGAUCUACUACUGGAGGAUUAAGAAAUUCCACGAUGCCUGCUUGGAAAUGAUGCCUAAAUCCUUCAAGUUUUUGCCACGGCUCCCUGGUCACACAAGGCGAAGGAUACGCCCCAGUGCUGUCUAUGUGUGCGGGGAACAUCGGACGGUGGUGUGAAUAUUGGAACUAUCUGACAUUUUAGGUGAUGAUUGUUCUUUAUUGAGUUUAUUGGAUUCUUCACUUAAACUUUGUUUUUUAUAGUGUGUGUGUGUGUGUGUGUGUGUGUGUGUAUGUGUGUGUGCACGUGCAGUGUAAAGAAUGAAAGACAAUUGGUUAUAAUCAUAUUACCAAGGAUAUACAAUAGGAACAUGUUCACAAAAGUUACCUCCAGGGUUCAAAAAAAAAUCCUUGAUUUAUAGUGGGGAGACAGUUCUGUGUGUGUGUGUGUGUGUGUGUGUGUGUGUGUGUGCAUGUUUUGUUGACUGGUUUUAUUUUUUGUAGUAGGAAUCAGGAUUGUGCUUUACUGAGCCUGCAGUUACCUUGAAUUGUAGGUGUUUUGUAUGCUGCUAAGGUAUCUUAUUUGAGUUCAUCUAUUGUUCUUUUUUUCAGAGCCACUGUUGCUUUUUUGCCAUCACAUUGGAGCCAAAACCUUUCAUACACUAGUUGAUAAAUAUUUAGUUUUGCUUAAAAAAAAUCACCCAAGGAGGUUGGUGACAUGUUAAAGGUCAUUACCAUUUACUUUGGUGCACUUUAAGAAGCAAUGUACAUAUUAAUUCAGUCGUAUUUUUCUGAAUUGUUUUUAUACAUGACAUAAUGCUUCAGGAAGCAUGUACAUUGUAGUUUCUAGUAAUAGUAGUUUUAAAAGGUUUAAUCUGCAUGAACAAUUUUAAAAGAGAAUGUAAAGUACAGAACUGUUUCUAAGCACAGUAGCAAUUUUGCAGAGCGACGGGAAAAUCUAGGAGGCAACGCACCCUUGCAAAUUGCAGAGGAGCACAGUGGGGAGGAUGGCGGUGUGGACUGCGGCAGCCUUCUUACCUAAGGAGUCUCGGCAGUGCAGUAGGAUAAAGCCUAGUACUUAGGAAUGCUGUCUGUGCCAGGCAUUGGGCAGCCCUUUACUCUCCAGGUAUCCCAUGAGAUAGAUAGCAUCUUUUCAUUUUCAGAUGAAGAAGGAAAACCUAAGGAUUAAAAAUCCUGCCCAGGUGUAGUGGUUAGUGAAUCCAGACAUCUGUGAAAUCUGGACACUGCACUGUCGCAGCCACUGUGCUCAGCUCAGAUGUUUCAUGGUCAAGAAAGAAGGCUGCAUAUUUUAAAACCUUCUUUUUGGAAAUAGUUUCAUUUUUCAUUACCAAAAAGAUACGAAACUGGUCCGGGGAGAUGGCUCAGUAGAAUAAGUGCAAGGGCCUGAGUUCAACCCCUGGUUCUGCCAAAAAGCCAAACCAAACCAAACCAAAACAAAACAAAAAAAGAUAUGAAACUAACAGGGAAAGUCUGGUUAUAGACCACAUGAAAUCAUUUUUCGAGUGGGAUUUAAGUUACAAAAGGAGGUACAAAUAAAAAUGCUAAAUGUAAAAAU